AUGGGUGAAGCUUCCAUGGAAAAUCCCAAUUUAGAUAAAAAAUUGACAUACUCUGAUGAAGUUCCCGACAUGAUUUUUGGGUUUUUGGAGGAAGAUGAGUUUUCAGUAAGUUCUUUUGAGUCUAAUGUUGAAACUAUUGAUGAAGAGGAUGAGGAGGAGAAUACUAGCAAAUCCGAGGAAAGCAAGGCUUUCUGGGAAUCACAAGAAGAGCUUCUACAGGCAACUUUAUAUAGAACUACAGCCCUCGAGUCAAAAAUUAGGCAGGCCACGAAGGAUGCCUUGAGGGAGUUAGAAUCCGUUGGUGUAAGUUGUUCUUGCCGGAAAAUGAUAGCAGGUGGUUGCCGGAGCUGUAGACAGAAAGAAAUCCGUGAUCAUCUUCAAACUGCAGGGUUUAACUGUGUUAUAUGUAAGUCCAAGUGGAGAAGUUCGCUUGAAAUCCCUGCAGGUGAACACAUCUAUCUGGAAGUCCAAAAUCCUUCCAAGAAAGAAGAGGUGAAAGUGAUUAUCGAAUUGAACUUUCGCGCAGAAUUUCAGAUAAGUCGAUCCAGCGAAGAAUACAAUCGGCUAAUCAAAAGAUUGCCGGAGAUAUUCGUUGGAAAAAUUGAAAGGCUUCGAAGUCUAAUAAAGAUAUUGUGUUCAGCGUCCAAGAAAUGCAUGAAGGAGAGAAAGAUGCAUAUGGCACCAUGGAGGAAGCACAAGUACAUGCAAGCUAAGUGGCUUGGCACGCCUCAGGUUGAGGCAGCCGCGGCACCAGCAACCUUGACCUUGGAUCCCGGCUUACAACGGCUGCGAAAGCCAAGUGCUUCCAUGCUUACCUUCGAUUUGUUUGAAAACAUUGCAGGCCUGCAUUCUAAUGCAAUCAAAGUCAUCUGA